AUGGCGAGACUCAUUGAUGAUGCCGACUUUGAUGCCGGCGAAGCAUCUUGGAAUGUACCACCUCCACGGUCCGACUUUGGAAAUGAUUAUGCAUACAAUGGACUCCGGUGCGUUACUCUGAGUCUUCCUACCAAUAUGACCGAGUUGCGAAAACAAGGUCAAACAACUUCUAUACAACGAAAGGUGACUGCGACCACACGAAAAGACACACCAUCUUGGUCUUCAUACUUUCGUUUAUUCGCGUAA